AUGUUUGGGUGCUCGCUCGUUUGUCUCCGCCGGCUGCUUGUUUGCAUGAGGCGUGCUGUGCAGGCGAGCGAGCACGCAAUUUUGUUAGAAGCACGCAAUGUCCUCGCAGAGCUCACCGAUGACCUGGAACAAGUGGAACUCGAUGGAGGCGACAAAGGCGACGAUUCCGAUGAAGAUGUGCCCACCACAGCCGCCACGAACGAGACGAAGCCAGAUGCGACCUCCAUCGGGGCCUCCAGGACAGCACAGCUGGAGACUCUCAUGGACACGAUUUCCAUCGCCUCUGAGCGAUGGAAGACCGAGGGCGUCACUGAACGAGGUCUCUAUCGUAACUUGCUGACUAUGUGGUCAGCCCUCUUCAAGAAUAUGACGGAGGCGGACACGCAUGCCGUGGUGGACGCCCGCCGGAGCUUCCAAGAGGCGCGCGACAAGCUGCAUGCGCUGGUGAUAGCGCAAGAAGCGCGCGUUCUACAGAUCGGUCAGCAUUUGGACCGCUUGCUGCCUUCAGCAUCCGAAGAGGCCGAGCGA